UGUCAACUGUUUGUGUAUCAGCUCCGAGGACAUUGUCGCCGUUGCCGGUGUUUGUGGUCGCUGUGUGUCUGUGCGCGGCUCGCCUGGAGGAAGUAGCGGGCAGUCCAGUCCAGCCCAGCCCUUAACACGGUAUGGCCUCUGUGGACUCAGCCGCUGCGUCAGACCGGGACCUGCUGGAGGCUGAAGGGGCUGAGGCCUUCGGGACCCCCGAGCACUCCGAGGGGCGGAGAGGCGGGAGGAGUAAGAGGGGCCAGAUGAUUCCAGUAUGGGAGAACAAGCCCUGUGGUGCUUCGCGUAGUCUUGUUAGGAGAAUUGGAUCUCAUCUGCCGUUAAAGCCCUGUCCCAGAGCCUGUUUUGAGGCAUUGCCAAGUGGAUCAGAUUUAUAUUUCACUGAUGCACCAAUGGUUCCUACACUGGCAGAUAUAAAAUGGAUAGCUUCAGAUGAUGAUGAAACCUAUGCAAGAGUCAGGAGUGAUGCAAGGCCACUGAAACACAAAUGGAGACCAAGUCCACUUUUGGUGAUGCAGCGAAACUCAUCUGUUCCCAAUCUAAAACUAAAAGAGGAAAAAAUGUAUUGUUUAAAGAAAAGCGGUAUGUCAUUAAACCGAUCUCCAGAUCUCCAAGACGAACUGAGUCUUCUGAGAAGUCAGAUUGCUAGAAUUGUUUCCGCAGAUGCAGUUUCUCCGCAUGUACCAUCAGAUUCACUUCCUGGUAAUGUUGACAUUGAUGCAUCCCUUCCUGACUAUGGAACAUCUUUCCAGUCUAACACCUCAUUUGUAAUUAGUGAUAUCACAGAAGAGGAUGAAUUGGAUGUUUCAGAGUAUUCAUCAGCUUCAAUGAUAGAUUCUUCAAUCAGUCAACAGCGUCAAAUAGAGGCCAACAUGUCUGAUGAGGAGGAGGACUCUCUUUGUCUUUCAAAAUCAAACAGUUUUGCAGACAUGAUGGGAAUUUUAAAAGAUAUUCAUAGGAUGAAACUGAACAGAGACUGGUCCAACAGAAGCCAGUAUUUACAUAAAGAAGAAGAUCCCAUCAAUCUUAUAUCAGAAGUUUUAAAGCAAAAGUUUGCAUUUAGUGAUCAAGAGGAUAUUAAAAAGAGCAUUUAAGUUCUCUAAAACAUUUUUCAUGAUCAAAUCUCUCUAAAAGGUCACUUAUUUUGUUAUGGAAUACCUCAAAGAUAAAGAUGUUUGUAUAUAUUUUCUUCUUUUCUGAAUUGUUUAGGUAAAUGUAUUUAUGAAAUCAAGGUGGACACUUUCCUCGAUGGAAAAAUGGGUCAAAUAACCUACAGGUGAAAUAACGUGUCCAGUUGGCAGGGUUUCAUGUUGGCAUACAUAAUAGAGCAUUACUUGUUAAAAGUAUUCAUGGGUAGACCAUUCUGUUUGGGUUUUUUUUUUAUUGGUGGGGGAGGCGGGUGUAAGUUGCUUAGGAGUGGUAAUUGGAAACUAUUGGUACAACUAUUUCAGUAGCAGACCAAUUUUCCUACUACCGUGAGAAAUGCAAUAAGCAACCAAUCAUGGAUUCAAGUCCAGGAAUAACUUUACACAUGAUUGUUAAAUUGGAAUUUGCCCGGAACUA